AUACGAACGUUUGAUAAAGAUAAAUUUUCCGAAAAGAAGUUAUCUUUAUAUGAAUUAGUGGAUUAUAUAUCAAAACAUACUGCAAGCAAAUGUGAACAAACUGAGAAUUUUAAAAAUGAAAUUGGAAGAAGUAACAGUUCUGAUAACUUUUCUGGGUCUCAAACUAGAAUUUCAUUUUUACCAAAGGAAAAAAUUACAUUUAAUGUUAAAAAGCGCUUUGAGAUUCAGAUUAUGUCACAGUUAUCAACAAUACUUCAGUGUUUUUCAAGUAGGACUAGUGUUGAAGUUUUAGCUGUGGAACUUUCAAUUGCUAUUAUAAAGACUAUUGUUUCUCAUAUUGAGAUGGAAAAUGAAAAUGCAUUUGACAACAGUGUGGCUGAAAUUAUUGAAAAACACACUAGAGAAAAGAAAUAUUUAAUAAAAAUAUUGGACCAAAUUCGCGAGUUAAAGUUUGAAAAGAAGUGCCAAGUUUUAGCAUUAUACAGUUUGAAUGAUUGUUGUCACAGGAUACUUAUGUAAAGGGACUUACUCAUCAUGAGCCUUCAAAGUAUUGUAUGUAAAUCAUUAAUUUUAAGAAAGUGUCAUCUCAUAUUUUAAAUUAUUUUUCUUAUGAAAGUGGAAAUAAAAUCCAAAGUUUUAAAACACAAA